GCUAUGACUGGAUGAUUCAGGAGGGCUUUGAUGGCCUGUGUUUUGGGCUGUUCCCGUGACAGUGUUCGCGAUAGAAGUGUAAUUAACUGAGACAUUACUUCUCUGAGCAAACAUGGAAGCAAGACGCGCAGAGCUCGAAAGGAAACGCCAGAAGCUCGAACAGCUUCGCAUGGAAAGGUUGAAGAAAAAGGAGGAAAAAGAGAAGAAAGACAGCAAAGUGCGAGAGACAGAGGAGGGAGUCCGACUUCGGCCUGACCAUGCCAUAGAUGCCGAUGAGCUGUUAUCGUCUUUAGGCAUUUCACUUCCAAGUGGGGAUACCUCCUUUUCAAGUGUGUCAACAGCACCAUCAGGAGGCUCUCCAAAUGUUAGUACCCCCACACCAAGCCUUGAAUCUCAUGGUACACCACAGCACACGGCUACAAAGACUGUCGUACGGAAACCAAAAUUGAGCAUCUGCACGGUUCAUCAAGCAAGCAUUCCUCCACGUGAAAAUGUAACCUACAACAAGCAAACCCAGACAGCAGCCUCUGGAGAAAGAGAUGCUCAUCCCGUGGAUUAUUACGUCUUGACCUUUGGCGAUGGGCUAGCGGAAGAGGAUGGAGAGGGCCACUCUUCCAUGGCCUCUCAGGACAUGGUGGAUCCAUCAGCACUGCUCUACCACCACAAAGUGAUGGGAUUGCCGAAUGUAGAGAUGGUGAAGCCAGCGCAGACUGUAGAAGAGGCACCAGAUACAAAGUCUGCUGACGCCACUAAGGACGAGAAGCCUAAAGCCCCAAAAGAACUGAGUGAAGAGGAGAGACAACAGAUUCUGCUGAGCGAAGACUUUCACAUGUUCCUUGACCGGUCGGCGAGGGUCAUAGAAAGGGCCCUUUGUGAAAGCACUGACAUCUGUGUGGACUAUACUGGUGGCAUGGAGGACCAAGACAGCGAUGAUAAAAGUGGAAUCAGAUUAUCGUUGAACAGGGUGUUCUUUGACGACCGCUGGUCGAAGAAUAGGAUUGUCACAAGUUUUGAUUGGUCCACACAGUUCCCAGAGCUACUUGUUGCUUCUUACAACAACAAUGUAGACGCUCCUCAUGACCCGGACGGUGUCUGCCUUGUGUGGAAUAUGAAGUUCAAGAAGUCCACCCCCGAAUACAUAUUCCAUUGCCAGUCUCCGGUGAUGUCUGCCUGUUUUGCAAAGUUUCAUCCCAACCUUAUUAUUGGUGGAAUGUAUUCAGGCCAGAUUGCUCUGUGGGACAAUAGGAGUAACAAGAGAACCCCUGUCCAACGAAGUCCACUCUCUGCAACUGCACACACGCACCCUGUCUACUCCAUUCAGGUUGUAGGGACACAAAAUGCUCACAACUUGGUCAGCAUUUCAACAGAUGGAAAGUUCUGUUCAUGGAGCUUAGACAUGCUUUCAGCCCCUCAGGACAGCAUGGAACUGACACAGCAGAAGCAGUCACGCUCUGUUGCUGUAACGUCCUUGUCUUUCCCAAUGGGCGACUACAACAACUUUGUGGUUGGUAGCGAAGAGGGAGCAGUGUACACAGCUUGUCGCCACGGCACCAAGGCAGGCAUAUUAGACAUGUUUGAGGGGCACCAGGCCACUGUAACAGGCAUUCAUUCCCACUGCUGUCAAGGACAAGUCGAUUUCUCUCACCUGUUCCUCACCUCAUCCUCUGACUGGACCAUUAAGCUCUGGAGUUUGAAAGAGUCCAAGCCCAUCUACUCCUUUGAAGACAAUGCUGACUAUGUAUAUGAUGUCAGGUGGUCACCUGUUCACCCAGCACUUUUUGCAUCUGUAGAUGGCACUGGGCGUCUAGAUCUUUGGGACUUGAAUAACGAUACGGAACUGCCCACAGUGAGUGAAAUAGUGGAUGGCUGCCCUGCUUUAAACAAGGUUAUAUGGACGCCUUCUGGUCAUCAAGUUGUGGUAGGAGAUGACGUUGGCAAGAUUUCAGUGUAUGAUGUUGGAGAGCAACUGGCUGUGCCAAAGAAUGAUGAGUGGUCUAGGUUUGUUCACACCCUCCAAGAACUGAAAAAUAACCAAGCAGACCAAGAACUAGACGCCCUUAACUUGUCGUCGCUCUCAGCACCAUCUCUGUCAUUGUACGGCUCUUCACCAGUGCCAUUUUCGUCAUCUCCUUUACGCUGAGUGUUUUUUGCGUGAACUUGCGGUAAAUUAUUUUUAUUAUCGUCUCCUGCUCUUUGCAAUUUUGAAUUUCAGUCCAAGAAGAUCAGUGUAAAAAUUUGCUGAACAUUUUUAACAUUUCUGAACUUGCAGUGGCUUUUAUGUAUGUACUAUCAUCUAAUUUUGCCAAACUGAAAAAAGAUGGGUAAGCUUGUCGCUUAAGUUAAAGGUUUCAGAAUCAAGUUUCUUAAUGGUACUAUAUUUUCGACGUGCGGAUAAAUCAUGAGCAGUGAAUUGCCAUUGUAACACACAUUGUGCUUCAGCAGCACGAACACUCCCUUCAGGGAAGGGACGUGUUUGUCGAAAUAAAUAUAUAUUAUUUAGA